AUGACCUGCGCUGCUGCCGCAGCCCCUUCUCACUGUCAAAGCCUCGAUGACCUGCUCUGCUACCACUGCCCCUUCUGGCUGUCAAAGCCUCGACGACCUGCUCUGCUGCCGCAGCCCCUUCUGGCUGUCAAAGCCUCAAUGACCUGCGCUGCUGCCACUGCCUCUUCUGGCUGUCAAAGCCUCGACGACCUGCGCUGCUGCCGCUACCCCUUCUGGCUGUCAAAGCCUCCACGACCUGCUAUGCUGCCACUGCCCCUUCCGGCUGUCAAAGCCUCGAUGACCUGCGCUGCUGCCACUGCCUCUUCUGGCUGCUAA